AUGACCGAACUCAUGAAGGAGAAAUUAACGCGAAUACGAGCCGUACGCGGGGAGAACAGAGGAGUUAUUACAAAGUUAAUCAAUGAAGCCGAAGGACUUUUGAACGAAGAAAUCUUAGAACGAGGACGAUUAAGUCAACUCUUAAUGGCGUACAAGAGACGUAAUGAGUAUUAAGAGGAAGAGAAGCAGUUAAACGUGUUUUGAAAAGGUGUGUUAUAUGUAAGAAGAUUGAAGGAAAUGCGUUUCAGAGUCCAAGAGAGCCAUCAUUACCCAGCUGUCGAGUAAGCGAUGCACCGCCUUUUACAAACAUUGGCAUUGAUUAUGCUGGACCAUUGUUCGUAAAUGAAAACGAUGAAAACUGUAAAAUCCUACGUUUAUUUGUUCACGUGUGCGUCUACAAGGACCGUACAUUUAGAACUACUGAAAAAUUUGUCCAAUUUGUUCGAACAUGUUUUUGACGGCCUUUCGGCGUCAAAAAGAGGGAUGCCAAGAAAAUACUAACUGACAAUGCGAAAACUUUCAAAGCCGCUGCAAAGGAAGUAGCUAAGAUCUACCGUUCAAACAAUGUAAAGGGUUAUCUUGAUCGCGGACAAAGGUGUUUCGUGGGAAUUCAUAACGGAAAAGGCUCCAUGGCAUGGCGGCUUUUGGGAAUGGUUAAUCAAAAGCACCAAACGCUGUUUGAAAAAACAGAUUGGACGAACCUCGUUGACAUUCGAAGAACUGCGAACUAUUCUUGUAGAAAUCGAAGCAACUUUAAACAAUCGUCCAUUGACCUAUGUAUACGACGACGAGCAAGGUGUUUCUUAUCCUCUUACACCAGCGAGUUUGAUUUAUGGACGUCAAAUCGCAACGUCUCCUGACGAAAGUCAUUACGGAUUGUAAGUACGAACAAAUCUCUGACGAAACGUGCCAAGUACCAAGCUACAGUUCUUAAGAACUUUACAUAUCAAGGGAGAAAAGAAUAUUUGUUGAGCAUCCGAGAAUCAUCAAGAGUACAGAACAACAGUUCUAACAUUGUAAAGGCAGGUGAUAUUGUCAUUCUCAAGAACGAAAAUACAUCCUGCUCGUAUCUAUUGGAAGUUAGCAAAGGUAGAAGUAAGGAUGAAGUUAUUCGUUCCGCCGAAGUCCGAGUUUUGAGCAAUGACAAUAAGAAGACCGUGGUAUUACGAAGGCCCAUUCAACAUCCGAUUCCUCUAGAAGUUCAAGAUACGAGCGAAAUUCAAGACACAAGCGAAGUACAAGAUGUGAGCGAAGUUCAAGACACAAGCGAAGUACAAGAUGCAAGCGAAAUUCAAGGCACAAGCGAGGUACAAGAUGCAAGCGAAGUUCAAGACACAGGCGAAGUUCAAGACACAGGCGAAGUUCAAGAUACGGGCGAAGUUCAGAGACAAUAUGACACUCGAUCGAGACGUAUAGCAGCUGUUAAGGUUAUAAAUUACAGGACACCCUUUUUGGCGUUUUGUGGAAAAUCGCUACUGCGCGCUCAAUAUCAGUCCGAUUUUCAUCAAAUUUUGACCAAAUGUUCUCCAGCGCGCGCAGAAUAUGGUAAAGUUGUAAAAUUAACAAACAAUAAAAUACUGGUAUAUGUAAGAAUUAUUCAGGAAAAUAUUAAAUCGCGGUACCGUUACGCUUUUGAGUUGUGCUCCUGCUGGUUUUAAGUUAUAUUUAUGAAAAUAUCAUUUUUAUACAGUAAAGUAAUUGUUCUAAAAAAUAGUGUUCGGAAAUUUUUGUUUAUUUCGUCAUUCCGCUGAUAUGGCGAUUUCUUUGACGACUGCAAUAUAUUUCUGAAUCGUUUGAGUGAAUAGUUCGUUAUUUUUAAAAUAUCCAAAAUUAAUUUUAAAAAAAACGAACAGAAUUUUGAAACUGACGUAUUUAGCUAUGUCCUGUGAAAAUUUGAGAAAAUUGGUUAAAACCAGCAGGAGCACAACUCGUUUGAAAAUCUGUAACUACCGUAAAAUUUUUCGGGAGAAAAUUGAAUUUGAAUAUUACAUUUUCAAUGUUUUUCUUAUUGCAGCGAAAUGUAUUUCAUUAAAUAACUCUGCGAGUUUUCAACAUUUUUCGUUCAAACUUGGUCAGGUAGUAGAACUAGUCUAAUGCUUUCAUUGAAACCAAUAAAAAAUUUUAGCCGGCAAAAUUGACACUCAAGGUGUUCUGUAACCUUAACGGAGGAAGUAUCGAUGGAGAUAAGUACUUAUUAGUGUAGUCUAAAGUAUAUUUGGUUGAAGUUCAUAUUUUUUUAUGUUUUGAUAUUAAAAUACGAUAAAUAUAACACUCUCCGCCUCGCCCUCCACGAAAGCCCUGGGAAGGAGGUUGAGUCGAGGCUUAUCAGCCUUAAGUUUGAGUGUACAACAUAUCAUAGAAUGGUCGCUUAUACCAAUGUCAACAACCGCGCUACUUUUAACCUUAGAGGAGGACGAAAUCAUAAUAACGUCAAGUAACGAACUUGUUUGA